AUGUUAUUGUCUCUCCAUCCAAAUGUCUGGUCUCAAAAGCAUGUUCUGGAGGUUGGUGGAGCGACCGGAGCUGUAGGAGACCCAGGCGGGAGAACAGCAGAGCGUAAACUUAUGUCGGUCCAUACCAUAAACGAAAACAAACAUAAACUAGCGGCCCAACUCGAACAUUUGUUUAGCCUUGGCGCAGCUCGAGCAGCCAAGUAUCUCGAAAUCAAUCUCGAAAGACUCGCACCUCCAAAGGUUCUUGACAAUUUGGCGUGGACUAGCAACCUCACUUUACUAGAUUUUUUACGAGAUAUUGGAAAACAUGCAAAAGUCAACGUCAUGAUUUCCCGUGAUAGCGUUAAGUCCCGCCUGGAAUCAUCUCAAGGAAUAUCGUUUACCGAAUUCUCAUAUCAGCUUUUACAAGCUCAUGAUUAUCUCCACCUGUACACAACCCACGGAUGCCGCCUACAAGUCGGAGGGGCAGACCAAUGGGGCAACAUCGUCGCAGGAAUAGAUUUAAUCAAAAGGAGACACGGUACCCAGGAAGGAAAAGAGGAGGAACAAUCGGAGCCUGCAUACGGGUUCACUGUACCACUGUUAACAACCCCAUCUGGCGAAAAGUUUGGAAAGAGUGCUGGUAAUGCGGUGUGGGUAAACUCAGAAAUGACCCCGGUUCUUGACUUCUAUCAGUACUUCGUUCGCCAGUCAGACGCGGCUGUCGGUAACCUCCUUCGAAUCUUCACAUUUCUCCCACUCGAUCAAAUCGAGACAAUCAUAUCUAGGCAUGAAGAAGAUCCAGGAAAACGAUACGCUCAGCGCAUAUUGGCUCACGAAACUACUUCGCUGAUUCAUGGAGAAUCCCUUGCCCAUCAAGCUGCUGCUGCGUCGCGUGUAUUGUACGAGUCGGAUAUUCACUCCACUUCUUUAUCGAGCUUUAGGAAUGCCUUGAAAGGAGACCGCCGCUUGGUGAUUCUGCCUUCGAAUAAGCUUCUUACCACCCCAAUGGUCAAUCUUUUAGUUGAAGGGGGACUGGUGAAGUCUAAAAACCAAGCGGAUACGCUCGCGAAGCAGGGUGGCCUCCAGCUUAAUGGAUCGAAAGAAUCUAAUCCUCGGCGCGUGCUGCAGAUGGACGAUUUCGUUAAUGGAGAGUUUGCGAUAAUACGUAAAGGAAACGAACAUCUUAUACUGGGAUUGGAGAACUAA